AUGUCUAUGAACAAUAAUAAUCCACCUAAGAAUCUCGGAGCCUCUUCAUCGCCCUUUGGCAAUGCCGGGAUGGUAGCCCAAUCUAUGCCAACAAACCCUACAUUUCCACAAUCACAAGCUCAAGCACAAAUCGGAGCUGGUUUCCAAGCUCAAUUCCAGCUCUCCCAAGCUCAGGCUAUUGCCCAUGCUCAGUCAAAAGCUCAAGCACAUGCCCAAGCUCAAGCUCAACAUGCUCACGCCCAAUUCCAAGCUCAGUUACAAGCUCAGGCGCUAUCCCUUAGCCAGAACCAAGCAGCUGGCAUUGGGAAUUUAGGGUCGUCUUCACCCUCCUUUUCCACACCUGGAAAUGCAAGUCUCAAGCGUUUCCCUCAAAAACCUCCAGUGCGCCCUCCUAGUGUUUCUCCUACAAACAUGAUGUCACCUAUGAGAACCAUGGAACUCACACCUGCUGCUCGUAAAAAGAAGCAGAAACUUCCUGAUAAACAGCUACAAGACAAAAUAGCCACCAUUCUGCCCGAAUCUGCUUUGUACACCCAGCUGCUCGAGUUUGAGGCUCGUGUUGAUGCUGCUCUUGCGAGAAAGAAAGUUGACAUCCAAGAGGCCCUUAAAAGCCCUCCUUGCAUUCAGAAAACGCUGCGCAUUUAUGUUUUUAACACUUUUGCUAAUCAGAUUCGCACAAUUCCAAAGAAGCCAAAUGCUGAGCCCCCUACUUGGACUCUGAAGAUAGUUGGGAGGAUCUUGGAGGAUGGUGUUGAUCCUGAUCAGCCUGGAGUGGUCCAGAAAUCAAAUCCCUUUUAUCCGAAGUUCUCAUCUUUCUUCAAGAGAGUAACCAUUUCUUUGGACCAGAGACUAUAUCCUGAGAAUCAUAUCAUUAUGUGGGAAAAUGCUAGAUCGCCUGCACCACAUGAGGGAUUUGAGGUGAAGAGAAAAGGGGACAAAGAAUUUACUGUGAAUAUACGCUUGGAAAUGAAUUAUGCACCAGAGAAGUUUAAGCUUUCGCAACCGUUGAUGGAAGUUCUUGGUAUUGAGGUCGAAACCCGUCCUAGAAUAAUAGCUUCAAUCUGGCACUAUGUGAAGGCUAGGAAAUUGCAGAACCAAAAUGACCCCUCUUUCUUUAACUGUGAUCCACCUCUUCAGAAAGUAUUCGGGGAAGAAAAGAUGAAAUUCACCAUGGUGUCGCAGAAGAUAUCUCAGCAUUUGUUCCCCCCACAACCUAUACAUUUGGAACAUAAGAUAAAACUUUCAGGGAAUAGUCCGGCUGGAACUGCAUGUUAUGAUGUGUUGGUUGACGUGCCCUUUCCAAUUCAAAGGGAAUUGUCUGCUCUUUUGGCCAACUCAGAGAAGAACAAAGAGAUUGAUACCUGUGAUGAAGCAAUAUGUGCAGCUAUAAGAAAAAUCCAUGAGCAUCGUCGCAGGCGAGCUUUUUUCCUUGGGUUUAGUCAAUCACCUGUAGAAUUUAUCAAUACAUUGAUAGAAUCUCAAAACAAAGAUUUAAAGCUUGUGGCUGGAGUAGCGAGCCGCAGUGCUGAGAAAGAGCGACGAUCAGAUUUUUUCCACCAACCAUGGGUUGAAGAUGCUGUUAUUCGCUAUUUGAACCGUAAGCCAGUUGCAGGAAGCGAUGCUCCUGGAAGCAUUGGAGGUGGUGGUGGUGAUGAAGGUGAAGUUGGUUGUUGUGGUAGUUGUGGUGGUGGGGAUGGCAGUUAUGGAGGUGGUGGCAGUAGUGGUGGCAGUGGCACCAUCGUGGUGGCGGCGACGGCGAUGUUGGUUGUGGAGGUGGUGGUGGAUGUGGAGGUUUUGGAGGAGGAGGUGGUUGUGUUGGUAAUGGUGGUGGUGAUGGUGGUGGUGGAUGUGGAGGUUUUGGAGGAUGUGGUGGUUGUGGUGGUGGAGGUGGAGGUGGAGGUGGUGAAGGAGGUAGUGGUUGUGGUGGUGGUGGCGGAGGAUGAGGAGGAGGAGGAUGUGAUGGUGGUGGUUGUGGAGGUAGUGAAUGUGGGGUGUAAGUGGUGGAGUGGAAUGUGGAAGUGGAGGUGGUGUCAUUUUUUAAAAUGA